AUGCGCACAUCGGUUUUUGACUCGAUGCGGAACAAGAGGAAGGUUUUUCUUAACGAACAGAAGCAUCUCUGCUUUAUCACAUGUAAUUCUGUUCCUCUUUUCAUUGAUUACAUUGCUGGUUGCACUGAAGGUGCUGCUGGGGUUCUAGUGGGACAUCCUUUUGAUACUGUAAAGGUCAGGCUUCAGGUGCAGAAUGUGGACAAGCCGCUGUACAGGGGGACCAUUCAUUGUUUUCAGUCCAUCAUACGGCAAGAAUCGGUGUUUGGGCUUUACAAAGGCAUUGGUUCACCCAUGAUGGGCCUGACUUUUAUUAAUGCAAUUGUCUUUGGUGUGCAAGGCAACGCUAUGCGUCGACUGGGUCAGGACACCCCAACAAACCAGUUCCUAGCUGGAGCAGCUGCUGGAGCUAUCCAGUGUGUUAUCUGCUGCCCGAUGGAACUGGCCAAGACGCGCAUGCAGAUGCAGGGAACCGGUGAAAAGAAGUCUUCCACUUACAAGGUCUACAAAAACUCACUAGACUGUCUGGCUCGCAUAUACCAGCGCGAGGGCUUUCGGGGCAUCAACAGGGGCAUGGUGAGUACUGUGAUUCGUGAGACACCAGCCUUUGGGGUGUACUUUCUGGUCUAUGAUGUGCUAACACGCUCACUAGGCUGUGAGCCGAAUGACACUUACUUGAUUCCUAAACUGCUGUUUGCUGGUGGCAUGUCUGGCAUUGCAUCUUGGCUUUCGACUUACCCCAUGGAUGUGAUCAAGUCUCGGCUACAGGCAGAUGGUGUUGGGGGAAAAUUCCAGUACAGCGGCAUCAUGGACUGCACGCGUCAGAGCUUUGAGCGAGAGGGCUGGCGCUUGAUUACAAGAGGUCUCACUUCAACCCUGCUCCGAGCUUUCCCAGUCAACGCGGCUACUUUUGCUACUGUAACGCUCUUCCUCAUGUACGUUCGAAAGGAAGAAGAGCCCACAGACUGCAAAGCUGAUUCACAGCAAAAUUCAGCUUUACAACAGCAAUCAUAACCUACCAGUCUGUAA